AUGGCUUUGAAAAAAGUCAGAGGCAAUAUUGAACGGAUGUUUGACAAGAAUUUGACUGAUCUUGUACGCGGUAUCCGCAAUAGUAAAGAAAAUGAGGCGAAGUACAUUGCACAAUGUAUGGAAGAGAUUAAACAGGAAUUACGGCAAGAGAAUAUAGCAGUUAAAGCAACAGCUGUGGCUAAACUCACAUAUUUACAAAUGUUAGGAUAUGAUAUUAGUUGGGCUGGGUUUAACAUCAUUGAAGUUAUGAGCUCUUCAAAAUUUACUUAUAAAAGGAUUGGUUACUUGGCUUCAUCUCAGAGCUUCCAUACAGAUACAGAUCUACUGAUGCUGACAACAAAUAUGAUACGGAAGGAUUUGAAUAGCCAAAAUCAAUAUGAUGCUGGUGUUGCUCUUUCUGCACUUGCUUGUUUUAUUAGUCCGGAUUUAGCAAGAGACUUGGCUAAUGAUAUAAUGACAUUGUUGUCGUCAACAAAGCCAUAUUUAAGAAAAAAGGCUGUGCUUAUGAUGUACAAAGUAUUCCUUCGAUUUCCGGAAGCAUUGAGACCAGCAUUUCCACGUUUAAAGGAUAAAUUAGAAGACAUGGAUUGUGGUGUUCAAUCAGCUGCUGUUAAUGUAGUCUGUGAAUUAGCUAGAAAAAAUCCAAAAAAUUAUUUGAGUUUAGCUCCUGUUUUUUUUAAAUUAAUGACAUCGUCUACUAAUAAUUGGAUGUUGAUCAAAAUAAUUAAAUUGUUUGGUGCAUUGACCCCACUUGAACCACGUCUUGGAAAAAAACUUAUAGAGCCGCUAACUAACUUAAUCCACAGUACCUCCGCCAUGUCAUUAUUAUAUGAAUGCAUUAAUACUGUGAUUGCUGUUCUUAUCUCAAUUUCAUCUGGUAUGCCAAAUCAUAGUGCUUCCAUUCAAUUAUGUGUUCAAAAAUUAAGAAUAUUAAUCGAAGAUUCUGACCAGAACUUGAAAUACUUGGGUUUACUAGCUAUGUCUAAAAUAUUAAAAACUCACCCUAAGUCAGUUCAAGCUCAUAAAGAUUUGAUUAUGAUCUGUUUGGAUGAUAAAGAUGAAUCGAUCAGACUUAGAGCAUUAGAUCUUCUUUACGGAAUGGUCUCAAAAAAAAAUCUAAUGGAAAUAGUAAAAAAACUCAUGGUUCAUAUGGAUAAAGCAGAAGGCACAGUUUAUCGUGAUGAGUUGCUCGUCAAAAUAAUUGAUAUAUGUUCACAAGAUAACUAUCAUUUUAUUACAAGUUUUGAAUGGUAUGUUAGUGUCUUAGUAGAGUUGGCUCGAGUAGAAGGCAUGAAACAUGGUCCCUUGUUAGCGCAUCAAAUGUUGGAUGUUGCUGUCAGAGUUAAAGCUAUAAGGCCAUUUGCUGUUGGACAGAUGUCUCUACUUCUUAAUAAUGCUCAUAUGUUUAUGCAACCUUCUGGUGGUUCGAAUAUGGCUAAUGUGCUUUAUGCUGCAGCUUGGAUAUGUGGAGAAUAUGCCAAUGAACUAGAAAAACCUGAAGAAACUCUUUUCUCUAUGUUAACUGGUAAAGUGCAUUCACUACCAGGCCAUAUUCAAGCUGCCUAUGUGCAAAAUAUAAUGAAAGUAUUGUCUAUAAUAUUGUCUAAAGGAGAUAUUCAACAAUCAAUUAAAGUGUGCAAACGAGUAUCAGAUAAAUUGGCACAAUAUGUAUCUAGUGGAGAUCUAGAAGUUCAAGAACGUGCAAGCGCUGCAUUGCAGUUAAUCAGUUACAUUCAUAAGGAGUUAGAAAAUGGUAAUGCUGAUGAUAUAUGCACUCAAGUAGCAUAUUUAUUUAAUGGAGAAUUAAACCCAGUUGCACCUAAGGCCCAACGCAAAGUGCAAGUACCAGAAGGGUUGGAUUUGGAUCAAUGGAUCAAUGAGCCAUUACAAAGUUCUUCUGAAAGUGAAGAUGACAAUCAGUCAGAUGAUCAUUCCAAUUUUUUUAAUUUGGGUGGUUUUGAUAAGAAAGAAGAAGAAGAAAAUAUGUCAAAUACAGCAGAUCAAGUAGAAAAGAAUAGAAAAGCUCGACUUUAUGAACAAGAAAAUAAUCCCAAUUAUUUGAAAUUAAACUCAAGUAUUGAUCAAACUUGUGAAAUUCCUAUCACAUCCAUAGAUCUGCCUACCUCAUUAAAUGUAUCAGGUUUUGUAUCAUCUGAUAAAUACAUUAAAGCAAAAAAGGAAAAAAAAGAUAAAAAAAAGUCUAAAAAAAAGAAAAAAGGAAUUAACCAUUUUGAAGAAGAAGAUGAAGAAAUUGCAAUUGAAAUGGUAGUUAAUCGAGAUAUAGGAGAAAUGCCAGACGGUGCUGAAGAUUCUGAUGGAGCCAUAGAUGUGCAAAAAGACAUAAAUGACCCACAUACUGCAUUAGAUAUUGAUUUAGAUAUUCCUGAAAUUGAACGCCCCCCACCACUAGUUGAAGAAAAAAAACAUAAAAAAAAGAAGAAGGAAAAAGAAAAAAAGAAGAAGAGUGAAAAAUCAAAAAAAUUAAGAAAAUUAGAUAAAAGUGAUCAACAAUUGAUUGAAAUUAAACAAGGUUAUGAAGAAGCAUUGGGGAUUUGCACACCAUCCAAAGAAGUUGUACAAGCAGAAGAUUUAUCGUUUAUCAAAUUAGCAAUGGACAAAUACAUACUUUUGGAGUACAAAAUAGAUCCAAAAAAUGAAUUAAGCAAUUUAGCGACUGUAUUCUUUCGUCUCACAAAUGUGGGUAAUAAUUGUUUGAUCAAAAACAUUGAAAUUGAUGUGAAUAAUUCCACUGCCAUUCAAUUUUUAGAUGAAAAAAAUGAACCUUUAUCUUGGUACAAACUUAAUAAUAACAUACAGUGUGGUUCAUUAACUGAAUUUGACUUGUCUCUUCAAGUAGAAAAUAUAUCUAUUCCAAAUACUCUUCGAGGGACAUUGACAUAUAUGGCACAAACUUUUCAAGACGACAAUUUUCAUCAAGAUAAAUUAGACUGGCGAUUGUCUGUAGCUGUAUCAGAUAUGUUUCUUAAAGUUGCUCCAUCUGUACCAUUAGUUGAGCUACUAUGUAAUGGUCAACUAGUCUACAAAUCAUCAGUUAUUUUAUCUGGCACUAAUUUUAACCAAGUUAUUAAUUGGUUUUCCACUAAACUCCAUCUAGUAUUAGUGGAACGUGUUGGUGAGACUGCUUCACUUUAUGGCUCCAAUGCAUCUAGUGAACAACUAUGUUUAUUGGUUAAAUCAAAUUUAAACAACGUUUCUGUUGAGGCGAAAUGUACAUCACAAACAUUAGUUGAUAAUUUAAUGAAUGAAAUUAAAUCUACAUAUAACGUUUAACAAAGUACUUUACUAUUCCAAUAUUCAUUAUUUGAUCAAAAAUGUUAAAAAAUGAUGACAUUAAACCACACUUGGUAUGUCAUUCAUCAUUUUAGGCUGUUUAAUAAUUGUUAAUAUAAAGAAA